AUGUCUGAACUCACUCACUUCGACCUUCUCCCCCUCCAAAUAGAUCCCCAGUCCAAGGCGAUCACGGCUCCGUCAUCCUCCUCCCGCGCCUUGGCCAACGAGCUCGCUCAACUAAACGCCCUCCACCGCUCCCUCGUCACCUCCGACACCACAACCCAGCACGGCGUGCCGCCGCCGCCGAUGCCCGUCAACCCCAAACGCUCCGCCAACGUCUCCAAGCUCCGCGACAGCGGCAACGCCGAGUUCCACAAGAAGAAGUACGCCGAGGCCGUCAAGUUCUACACCCUGGGUCUCCAGAUGGCCCUCACCAGGCCCCUGUGGGAGCCCUCCCAGCUCGUCCGCGAGGAGGUCGCGAGCCUGUACGCCAACCGCGCGCAGGCGCACAUGGCGCUGCAGCAGUGGGCGGAGGGCUCCGUGGAUGCCGAGGCGAGCGUCGAGGCGCGCAAGGUCGGAAAUGCCAAGGCCUGGUGGCGCAGAGGACGCUGCCUCAUGGAGAUGGGCCGGCUCGAGGAGGCGCGGGAGUGGGUUGGCAAGGCGCUCGAGUACGAGGGCGAGGAGGGUGAGCUUGUUGCGCAGCUCAAGGAGAUCGAGGCCAAGAUUGAGCAGAAGGAGAACGCUUGA